AUGAUGCUUUUUCGUCGAGUUUCGUCUAAAACACUUGAGCCUCUACAAAGAAGUAGGUUCUUUGGCAGCAAUAGCAGUUACGAUUUUCCGAAAGCUAUUCAAGAGAUCAAUAAGGACAUGGAAUCUGUAUUUGGUGAACCUCCAAAAUCUAGUCUUGCUGGUUCAAUAGACAACCGAAGUAUGGCUCAAGACUCAGAGUCUGCACCAACUCAUGUGGCACUAAGUUUUUCGUCGUUUGGCUUGACUCAUACUGAUAGUAGUGGUGAAGCCCAAAUGUUAGAUAUCUCUCCCAAAGAGAUAACGAAGAGAGUGGCCAUUGCAACGAAAAUUGCUGGAAUUUGUGGUGCGAAACAAACGAGCAACCUUAUCCCACUAUGCCACAAUAUCAAUUUGUCACACGUUGCUUUAAAUAUAACACUGAAUCCUCGGGACCUUUGCGUGGGAAUAGAAAGUGAAGCUGCUUCCAAUGGCAAAACCGGUGUGGAGAUGGAAGCCUUGACAGCAGUGACAAUUGCUGGUCUAACAAUAUAUGAUAUGUGCAAGGCUGCUUCAAAAGAUAUCUUCAUUACAGAUGUACGGCUUGAAAGCAAAAGUGGGAUUGGUCGAGGAAGAAAUGAAUUUCCAUAG